AAUAAUGUAGAAACAUAAUUAAAAUUAAAUAAAGUACAACGACGGACAUGUUUUAAGCCACAUUGUAAAGAAAACAAAACGAGAAUAAUGCAUGGGUGCGUCUGGCGAACGGGUGUAAGUCAGCUAACAUCCAGCAUGCGUGCAGCUGCAGUAGCAACAACAGCACAGCGCCAAAAAGAUGUUCUAUCGAAAUUACAUAAAGCGCUCGAAGGAACACAAUCGCGGCGAAUUAAUCAGCUGUUCGCACACACACAUACGCAAAGACAUUCACGUUUUUCUGCAAGCACAAUUAUGAAUUCUUUGCGCAAGGAGUUGGAUUUGAUGGUCUACGAUAUAAUUGGCUUCGAUCUGGAUGGGACACUGUUGCGCUACGAUCUGUUUGAGAUGUCAAUGCUGAUUUACGAUGCGCUCAAACAGUAUCUGGUGGAGAACAAGAACUAUCCGCCGGAACUGUUGGAGCAGAAGCUGGACAUGGAUUUCCUGCAGAAGGGUCUGAUGUUGGAUGGGUCACGUGGCAACAUACUCAAAUUGAGCAACGAGGCGUCUAUUUUGCGUGCGUCGCACGGCACUCGGCGGCUCAGCGACGAAGAAAUCGUGGCCAUCUAUGGCAACGAGAGACGCUGGGAUGUUGCCACCGCCUUCUGCAAUGAUCCGCUGUCGACGUGGAAUGGUCCCGCUUCUAAUCAGAUGCGCACCCUGCUCGACUAUUUUGAUAUGCCGUCUGCCAUGGUCUUCGCCCAGGCCGUGGAUAUUGUGGACAAGGAUGAGGGAGGCGGUGGACGCAGGGAUUAUAAGGUGUGGCCUGAUCUGCUGGAUGCCCUCAUGCACAACUACACUCGGGAUAACUUUGCCAAUGAUCAGAGCUUGUAUUUCAAGGCGAUGCGUGCCGAGCCGCAACGCUAUGUGCUGCCCAGCAGUGGCAAGUUGCUCGAGUGGCUGCAACAGUUGCGUGCCAUGGGCAAGAAGACCUUCCUCUUGACCGGCUCCAACAUUGAUUUUGCCAAUUUGACAGCGACACAUGCACUGGGCCCAGACUGGCAACAUCAGUUCGACUUCAUUGGGACGUACGCCAAGAAACCGGGUUUCUUUACACAGCAGCGUCCAUUUCUACGCGUCGACGAGGAGGCCAAGCAGGAGUUGCCGGGCAGCGAGAUCAGUCUGCAGACGGAUCUGCAAGCGGGCCACAUUUACUCCCAGGGCAAUUGGCAUCAGUUGCAUCAGACGAUGGCCAAACUGUUGGGCAAGGAUGCCAGCAAUGCUCGAGCACUCUAUUUUGGUGACAAUAUCAUCCAGGAUAUUUAUACGCCGGUCAAGCAUCGCGAUUUCGAUACGGUUGCCAUCGCUGAGGAGUUGUUUCUGCUCGAGCAAUCGGAUUAUCAGUUUCGCUCUGUGUUGAACUCCAAGUUCUGGGAUUCGUAUUUCAUCAGUGGCAACACUCCAACGAUUUGGUCCGGUUUCAUUGCCAACUAUGCCCAGCUCUGUGUCAGUUCCAUGGAUCAAAUCGCCCAAAAGUCGCCGCAGGAACGCUUCAUUUGCACCAACGUCAAUGGCUUCUAUCCGGCUCCGCCAGAGCAACUGGAGUACAGCAAUCUCACCAGCAGCUGGCAUGGCGGCAAUGUCGGAGCUUAAUCCAAACAACAACUACAAAAAACAUUCUCAACAAAAGAAAAUCUCAAAAUUUGACACACAACUUUCAAAAGUACAAUAAUACAAAAAUUAACAGUUCGAAAUUCUAUAUAUAUAUACAUAUAUAUAAGACCAUAUAGAUAUCUAAAACUGUAUUCGAUUCGAAAAUCUCAGAAAACACUCUACAAAAGAUGCAAAUAUUUAGAAAAUUGUCAGUUUUCCAAAUAAGACAGCAAAAUUUUAAAAGUGCAAUAAGCAAAAGAUUC